GAUCACCGCGUAAUCCCAACGUGUGACCGCGCGUCUGGAAGGAAGCCACACGGAUCCUUCUCACCAGCGAAGCAUAAUUGCAGAUAAAAACCAACGCCGCCCUCCUCUCGCCCGACCAACUGCAAUCCGCAGUCUGCAAACCACUCUCCCCAUAUUCGACUCAACAACCUCAAGUUCUUUUUCGGCAGACACAGCUUCUUACGGUUCUGCAACAACCCUCUUUCGCACCUCACACCUCAAGACCUCACAAUGCAAUUCAGAACCCUCGCCCUCCUCACGGCCUCCGCCGCUCUCGUCCAAGCACAACAGGAGACCAGCAUCCCCGGUCCCGCUGAACCCGCCCCCUCCUGCGCUCCCGUCAACUGCCUCGUACCUCCAUGCCCAGUCAAGUGCUUCACCAUCACGGUCCCUGUCGAUACACCCACGGGUUCAGUCACCAUUCUGCCCGUGCCCUCGGACGACACGUCCACCCACUGGACUGACUCCCACACCAGCACUGCAACGAGCACCAGUGUAAGCGUCACCUCCACAUCCACAGCUACGGCCGUUACCCCGCCGGCCGCGCCGUCCGUCUCUUCCGCGGGCUCUUCGUCGUUGACCACGGUCUCCCCUGUUGCCACCCAAACGGGCGCUGCAUCGGCCCCAAGCAGUGACGGUCAAGCUUUGAAUGCUGGCUCGGCCAUCUCCUGCAUGAUUCUGUCCGCAUUGGGCGCCGGGUUUGCUUUGAUCGCUUAGGAAGCCUCUCUGCUCUGCUUUUGGGCGUAAUCCCGACCCGAAAACGAUUUUUUGCCACAUCAUAGACUAGUACCACGGACUAGUACCACAUCUCUGAUUCUUUUGUAUAUAGAUUCAGCAUCACGGCGUAGAGAUCUGUUUUUCCCCAUAUUCAUAUAUCAAACAUCUCACUCGCUGGUCAUGAUGGACUUAGCAUAGUCGUUAGCAUCAUACCUUUUCCGCAUGUCGAAGAGAGAUCUCUCCUUCCCUGUAUUACAUAAUAUCAUGUUCAUCGUCGUUGGCCAUCAA